AUGACGGCCCCUACGAAUGACCCCUUUUUCCGCCCGAUCGGCGAGCACGCCGAGACGCAGGGCCAGGAGAACCAAGGCGAUGUGAAACCUAUUGAAGAAAUCGAGUCGCUGUGCAUGCAGUGCGGCAAGGACGGCGUCACACGACUGCUCCCGACCUUUAUCCCCUACUUUAAGGAGGUGAUUGUGAUGAGCUUUUCGUGCCCCCACUGUGGCAACCGCAACAGCGAGAUCCAGAGUGCGGGCGAGAUCCAGGCCAAGGGGUGCCUGUACACGAUCCACAUUGUGAACCAAAAGGAUCUCGACCGCCAGGUGAUCAAGUCGGAGCACUGCACAAUGGCCAUUCCCGAGCUCCAGCUGCAGAUUCCGGCCAAGCGCGGCCAGAUUACCACGGUCGAGGGCGUGCUGACCGAUACGCUGCGCGAUCUCGAGCUCGACCAGCCGCUGCGCAAGCACAUGCAGCCCGAAGUCUAUGCCAAGAUCGAGGAGCUGUGCGACCGCCUGCGUGCGGUGCUCGGCGAGCGCCGCGUCGAGGAAGAGGACCAGGAGGGCGAGUUUACGGCCGGCCCCGUCGGCGGCCGCCACGAGGAGGACGAAAAUGCCAAGGACCGCGUCUUUCAGCCGUUCAAGCUGACGCUCGACGACCCGUCGGGCAACAGCUUUGUCGAGUACCGCGGCCCGAUCGAGAGCGGCGGCGGCUCGGACCCCAAGUGGAUCAAGCGCGACUACCCCCGCACCAAGGAGCAAAACAUCCACCUCGGCCUCGUCGCCGACCCCGCUGCGCCGAACAAGCCCGGGGACGCUGAGGGCGGCGGCGGCUUUUCCAAGGAGCUCGAAGAGACCGACUUUGAGAACGAGGAGAUUUUCUCGUUUGACGGAACGUGCUCAAGCUGCAACGCGCCGAUCAAGACACUGAUGAAGAAGGUCAACAUCCCCUACUUUAAGGACAUCCUCAUCAUGUCGACCAACUGCGACCACUGUGGCUACCGCGACAAUGAGGUCAAGUCUGGCGCUGCGAUCUCCGAGACGGGCCGCCGCCUUACGCUCAAGGUGAACGACGGCGAGGACCUGUCGCGUGACAUUCUCAAGUCCGAGACCGCGGGCCUGUCGAUCCCCGAGAUUGACCUGCACCUCGCCCCCGGCACGCUUGGCGGCCGCUUCACGACGCUCGAGGGCCUGCUGCAGAACGUCUACGACGAGCUCUACGAAAAGGUGCUCAUGCGUGGCGACUCGACGGCGGCCGACGACGCGACCAAGUUUGAGGGCUUCCUCGGCAAGCUCAAAGGCGCGAUCAGCGCCGAGGCAUGCCCCUACACGCUGAUCCUGGACGACCCGCUGGCGAACAGCUAUAUCCAGAACCCCUAUGCGCCGGACCCCGACGAGCAGCUCGAAGUGGAGAAUUACAAGCGCACCUGGGACCAGGACGAGGACCUGGGCCUGAACGACAUCAAGGUCGACGCCUACGAGGCGCCCGACGAGAUGGCCGAGGACCGCGCCGAGGCCGCGGGCAAGCCGGCCGACGAGUCCGACGAGGCGCGGCUCAAGCGCCAACGCAACGAGUAG